AUGCCAGCAUUCCUCGCUCCUCACAAGUCAGGCGUACAUCGUGUGACAGCGAUCGCUCUUUACCGCGCCCUCUUGACAAAAUGUCGAGCUGCACCACCGCCCCUUAGAGCUUCUACCUUGCAAGCUGUUGUCAAGAACAGCUUUGCGAAAAACCGGCAUGUGAUGAGUCAACAUGUCUUGCGAAACGCCUUUGCUGGUGGCUAUGAAGUACGUCUUCUUAAAGGUCUCGAACGCAUCAAUACUGAUACUCUGGCCACAAUAGNNGCACUAGAUCAACUUGAUGCCGCAAUCGCUGGCGAUAAACCUACCAUCUCGCACCUUCAAAGCCUCCUCUCGCGCCUACCUGCAAGACUCAAGACCACCAUCCCACGCAAACCAGCCCCAGUCCCAGAACCAAAACCCGCUGCACUCCAAGGAACAGCACUAUCGCCCCGGCCUCGUCCAGCCUUUUCUCUACCAUCUCGUCGCCGCAUCCCUGUACUUGUCUCAGCCAACAAAAUCCCCAUUCUCCGCUUCACAAAGCCUCAACCUGCCGCUCUGUCGCACUAUCUCAAGUCCCGCCUCGUCGACCGUCAGAAACGCCAAGACCGCAAGAUGGCUCUGGAAGCACAGAUGGAGAUUGCAAGAGGUGAAGAUGAUUGGGACCGUAUACUGCUGGCUCAGGGCAUAGCAGACGAGGGCGGGAGUGUAAAGAAGGGCAAGGUUUUGUGGACGAAUGAGGUCUUUGAUUCUUUGGGGUAUACUCUCAAAGCUAUCGAAGCCGAGGGCACGAAGAACAGAGAAAUGGCCGAGAAGAUGGUUGCUAUUAUUGGCAAAGAGAAGGAAUUGGCUGAGGUCGAGAGGAAGGAGAGGAAAAGGCUGAAGAAUGAGGAAAGGAGGAAGAGGAAGGCUGUAGCUCUUGAGAAGGACGAGGAGAGGAAGGCAUGA